ACCGCCGCAAGCUCUGAUUGGUCAGCAGGCAGCUAAUAGGAAUGCGGUGUGGGCCCCUCCUAGGGCGCGCGCCGGGCGUUCGCGAGGCGGGGCUGUGGCGGCAGAGCGGGCGGCGACGCGUCGGGGCAGGACAAGGAGGCGCCGCCACGGGAGGCCCCGGCAUGGGGAGUGGCAUGAAGGAAGCCUCCAUGCGCCUGCAUGAGGACGCAGACACCGUCCUGCCCUCCGCCAAGGCAAACCACCGUCAAGUGCUGAGCUCCCUGUUAUCUGGCGCCCUAGCUGGUGCACUUGCCAAGACGGCGGUGGCCCCCCUAGACCGGACCAAGAUCAUCUUCCAAGUGUCUUCAAAAAGGUUUUCUGCCAAGGAGGCCUUUCGGGUCCUCUACUUCACCUACCUCAACGAGGGCUUCCUGAGCCUGUGGCGCGGGAACUCGGCCACCAUGGUGCGCGUGGUGCCCUACGCUGCCAUCCAGUUCAGCGCGCAUGAGGAGUACAAGCGUGUGCUGGGGCGCUACUAUGGCUUCCGCGGAGAGGCCCUGCCCCCGUGGCCUCGCCUCCUCGCAGGCGCGCUGGCGGGAACCACUGCUGCUUCUCUCACCUACCCUCUGGACCUGGUCCGGGCCAGGAUGGCUGUGACCCCGAAGGAAAUGUACAGCAACAUCUUCCACGUCUUUGCCCGGAUCUCGCGAGAAGAGGGGCUGAAGACGCUGUACCACGGGUUCACGCCCACUGUGUUGGGCGUCAUUCCCUAUGCCGGGCUCAGCUUCUUCACCUAUGAGACGCUGAAGAGCCUGCACCGAGAGUACGGUGGUGGCCGGCAGCCCUACCCCUUCGAGCGCAUGAUCUUCGGGGCCUGUGCCGGUCUCCUUGGCCAAUCGGCCUCGUAUCCGCUGGACGUGGUGCGGCGGCGCAUGCAGACGGCCGGCGUCACAGGCCACGCAUACGGCUCCAUCCUGAGCACGCUGCGGGCCAUCGUGCGCGAGGAGGGUGCUGUGCGCGGCCUCUACAAGGGCCUGAGCAUGAACUGGCUCAAGGGCCCCAUCGCCGUGGGCAUCAGCUUCACCACCUUCGACCUCAUGCAGAUCCUGCUGCGGCACCUGCGGAGCUAGAGGCCCCUUGGGCGCUGGAGCCUGCAGACACCACUGUGCCGCUGGGCCACGCUGGACAGUGAGGGCCCUGGGCUUUCGGAGCAGCCCCCAAGGCAGUACUGAGAGGACACUGUCGCUGAGACCGCCCCUUCCGAAGGUGUUGGCAGGGGCCGCUCAUCCUUGUGGCGCUGUGACCUUCGAGAUGCUGCUGACCCCGUGCAGGGGGGUGGAGCCUUCCUGUCCCUGUAUCCUGAUCUGAGUGCGUGCCUGCCGCAGGCCCCUCCAAGACAGGACUGGCCACUCCCCAUCCGUCUGUCCACCUUCACACCCUCUCCCAGGGUCCCCAGGUCUCCCAGGAGCAGGCAUUCUUCCUGAUCCAGUUCAUACCUCCCCACGAGGGCCCCAUGACUGGACCACGGCUAGAGCCAUCUUGGGCUCAGGGCUGCUCCCUGGGGGGGGGGGUGCUGCAGGAUAAAAGCACCCAGGCCAUGCACACCCUGCUCCAUCAGAUGCCACAACUUGACACUCAUGCCUCCCCAACCCCAUACUUGAGUGGGGUCUUGUCUCUGAUGUGGAACCACAUGAGGUCCCCAAGGGGUGAUCUAAUGGAGGUCCCUGGUGUCUUUGACCCUCCCAGGAGGGGGCCCCCCAGACAGUGGGGUGGGGAGUGUGAAAGGCUUGGGGGGUCACAGAAACCCCCCCAGCCAGCUCAUCUGGCUAGUUCUCCUGGGCCUUCCAGGUACCACAAGGGCCCAUACAGUGUUUCCUAAUGACACUGACUUUAUUUUUGGAUGUGACCUUGUGAACCUGGCUCUGUCCCCACCAAAGCCCUGCUGGGUGCCACCCUGUUGUGGCACGGUUGCCACCUGAAGCUGGGAUCCUAAUGGGUGGGCUGGCCCGAGUACACUGUGACCAGGACGUUGCUGCCUGUAUCUGUGGCUGUGAGGGCCCUUCGGCUUUCCUUGCAUGUGUCCCCUGCCUGUCACCAAGGGCCCAGGCAGCCAAUGUGGCUGAGGAAGGAACAUUGUCUCUGUCCAACUCUGCAGAGCCCAGACUGAGCAGGAGAGGCUGGGGCUCUGUGUGCUAGGAUGGUGGCGGCUGGGCAGGUAAGGACUGAAGGGUUGGCUCACUCAGGCAGGUGACACCAGGCUGAGGGCUGGCUUUACCCCUGUUCAGGCCUCAGGCUGAGCGUGACAGAUGUGGCCUCAGGGUCCCCGGGACCCACAGGCCCAUGUGCCUUCCUCGGGUGGUCCCUGCAGCCACCCUACACUGGGCGCUGGGCCUGGUAUGGAGUUGUAUUUUAAUGCCAUGAAGACAUUUUGUUUAUAUAUAAUGUUUAUAUUUUAAAGGUUUGUGCCAAGAGAGUAUAUUUAAUAAAAACCUAAAUGACUUCUC